GCUAUGGCUUCCCUGGAUGACCCAGGGGAAGUGAGAGAGGGCUUCCUCUGCCCUCUGUGCCUGAAGGACCUGCAGUCUUUCUAUCAACUUCAGUCACAUUAUGAGGACGAGCACUCAGGGGAAGAUCGUGAUGUCAGAGGACAAAUUAAAAGUCUUGUCCAGAAGGCUAAGAAGGCGAAAAACAGGUUGUUGAAACGAGAAGGAGAUGACCGAGCAGAAUCAGGGACCCAAGGAUAUGAGUCUUUCAACUAUGGAGGGGUUGAUCCUUACAUGUGGGAGCCCCAAGAACUUGGUGCUAUGAGAAGCCAUCUUCCUGAUUUCAAAAAACACCGAGCUGCCAGAAUUGACCAUUAUGUUGUUGAAGUCAAUAAAUUAAUAAUCAGGUUAGAGAAGCUCACUGCGUUUGACAGAACGAAUGCAGAGUCUGCUAAGAUUCGAGCAAUAGAAAAGUCAGUGGUGCCUUGGGUCAAUGACCAAGACGUCCCUUUCUGUCCAGACUGUGGAAGUAAGUUCAGCAUCCGUAACCGCCGCCACCAUUGCCGCCUCUGCGGGUCUAUUAUGUGCAAGAAGUGCAUGGAGCUCAUCAGUCUUCCAUUGGCAAACAAGCUCACCAAUGCCAGCAAGGACUCCCUGAACACCCACACCAGCCCCAGCCAAUCACCCAACAGUGUCCAUGGCUCCCGCCGCGGCAGCAUCAGCAGCGUGAGCAGUGUGAGCUCAGUGCUGGAUGAGAAGGAUGAGGACCGCAUCCGCUGCUGCACACACUGCAAGGACACACUGCUCAAGAGAGAGCAGCAGAUUGACGAGAAGGAGCACACACCUGACAUUGUGAAGCUCUAUGAGAAAUUACGACUUUGCAUGGAGAAAGUUGACCAGAAAGCUCCUGAAUACAUCAGGAUGGCCGCAUCAUUAAAUGCUGGGGAGACAACCUACAGUCUGGAACAUGCAAAUGACCUUCGAGUAGAAGUGCAGAAAGUGUAUGAGCUAAUAGAUGCUUUAAGUAAGAAGAUCUUAACCUUAGGCUUGAACCAGGACCCUCCGCCACAUCCAAACACUUUGCGGCUGCAGAGGAUGAUCAGAUACUCAGCUACACUUUUUGUACAGGAAAAGUUGCUUGGCUUGAUGUCACUGCCAACCAAAGAACAAUUUGAGGACCUGAAAAAGAAAAGGAAGCAGGAAAUGGAGAAAAGGAGGAUCCUGGAGAGACAAACUGCCCUGGAAUCCCAGCGAAGGCUGGAGAAAAGGCAGAGUGACCUGGCGUCUCGCACAGCCAAUGGCGAGGUGGUGUCUCUUUGCAGAGGCCCUGCCCCCUUGCGGAAGGCUGAGGGUUGGCUCCCACUCUCAGGAGGGCAGCGCCACAGUGAAGACUCGGACCCCCUCCUCCAGCAGAUCCACAACAUCACAUCAUUCAUCAAGCAGGCCAAGGCCGCAGGCCGGACAGAUGAAAUGUGCACACUGCAGGAGAACCUGCAGCAACUGCAGGAGGAGUAUGACCAGCAGCAGACAGAAAAGGCCAUCGAGCUUUCCCGGAGGCAGGCUGAGGAGGAGGACCUGCAACGGGAACAACUGCAGAUGCUACGGGAACGGGAGUGGGAACGAGAAAGGGAGCAGUUCCAGGCAGUGUCUCUGCACACACGGACGCGGUCUCUGGACUUCCGAGAAGUCAGACCUUUUCAGCUGGAGCCUGGCAGAGAGCCUCGUACUCACCUUGCUUAUGCUCUGGACCUAGGUUCUCCCCCAGUUCAGAGCACCAUGGUUUCCAUGGACCCUUCACCCAUCUCAGCUCGGGAGCCCAUCAGAGUGUGGUCUGGCCCCUCAGCCCUUGGCCAGGAGUUCUUCCCUCAGAGCACCAUGUCACAACUAAAUGAGGUGCCUGCCCCAAACCCCUUUGAUGAGGAAGAUCUUUCCAGCCCUGCAGAAGAGGUAAUUGGGAGCCCUCUUGCUGCAGAAGCUUCCUUUGGCCCCUCAGCCCAGAUCCCAAAAGAGUAUAAUCCUUUUGAGGAAGAGGAGGAUGAUGAGGAGGAGACAGUAGCAGGAAAUCCCUUCACUACCCCAGAUGGCCCACCACCCAACCCUUUUGAUGAGGAAGAUGAACAUUCCCCCCAGAGGCUCUCUAGCCCGCCUGUUCCUGGCAACCCCUUCGAGGAACCUCCCUGUACCAACCCCUUUGAAAUGGACAGUGAUAGUGGGCCAGAGGGUGAGGAGCCCAUCGAGGAGGAGCUCCUCCUCCAGCAGAUUGAUAAUAUCAAGGCGUACAUCUUUGAUGCCAAGCAGUGUGGCCGCCUGGAUGAGGUAGAGGUGCUAACGGAGAACCUGCGGGAGCUAAAGCGUACUCUGGCCAAGCAGAAGGGAGGCACUGACUGA